AACUGCUAUUGAUAUCUGUUUGGCAAAGAUCAAUAAUGUUAUGUAUUACGUCUAAUUUCAUAUCCACACUUAGCUCAUCAUCCACAACACAAAACAGACAACGCAACUCAACAACUGCUUCUGCUGCUUCCUUUUUGAUAAUAUCUAAGGAUGGAUGCGUUUGCUGGAAAGAUCAUUGAAGGGAUUGCUUCUCUGGCGGUUGAAGAGUUCAGAUUCAUAUGGAAUCUCAAAGCUGAUCAAGAAAGAAUGAAGAGGAUCACCACUUCAAUAAAAGCUGUUCUCUUGGAUGCAGAAGCAAAAGCUACUAACAAUCAAAUUAGUAAUUGGUUGGAGGAGCUGAAAGACGUACUAUAUGAUGCAGAUGACUUACUGGAUGAUUUCUCCACCGAGGCUUUGAGAAGCAAGACGAUAAAAGAGAUGAAAACUCUCUUCUCUUGGAAAAACAAAAUGGCCUAUGCUCAUAAAAUGGGCCGGAAAAUGAAAGAAAUCCGGAAGAGGCUAGAUGAUAUUGCAAAUGAUAGGCACGUGCUGCAACUGAGAGAUUGUUCGAUUGAGCCUCCAGUUUCAUACAGAGGACGAAGGCAAACAUACUCUUUUGUGGGUGAAGAUGAAGUCUUUGGGAGACAGAAGGAAAAAUUGCUUAUUAAAAGUUAUCUACUGGGGAACAAUUCUGUGACAAGUAACCUUUCAGUGAUUCCCAUUGUUGGGAUUGGAGGAUUAGGGAAAACAACUCUUGCUCAGCUAGUGUGUAAUGAUAAGGCCGUUCGGAACUAUUUUGAGCUAAUAAUGUGGGUGUGUGUAUCUGAUGAAUUUGACAUAAGGCGAAUAGCUCAAAAAAUGAUCGGACACAAUAAUAAGGAUUGUGAGGUUGAGGAAGUUCAACAAGAACUUAGGAAAAAAAUUGAAAGGAAGAAGUAUCUGCUUGUGUUGGAUGAUGUGUGGAGUGAGGAUCGCGAGUUGUGGCUCCAACUGAACAGCUUACUGAUGGAGGGAGAAAAAGGGAGUAUGGUAAUAGUAACAACACGCAAUCAAAAAGUGGCAAAGAUCAUGGGCACAGAGCCACCCCUUUUCUUGAAGGGUAUGGAUGUAGAAACAUCUUGGAAAUUGUUCUGUCGGGUUGCUUUUGAUAGGGAGAAAGAACCAAAUGAUUUGGAGCUGGUAGCAAUUGGGAGGGACAUUGUUAAAAAGUGUUCUGGGGUUCCACUUGCCAUAAGGACUAUUGGCAGCCUCUUGUAUUCGCGAAACUUGGGCCGCAGUGAUUGGAUAUAUUUCAGGGAUGUUGAGUUUUCAAAAAUUGAUCCACAGAAGGAUGAAAUCUUUGCAAUUCUCAAACUGAGUUAUGAUCAUCUUCCCUCCCCUUUGAAGAAUUGUUUUUCCUAUUGUUCACUAUUUCCCAAAGGUUUCAUGUUUGAAAAGAAUACACUCAUCCAGUUAUGGGUUGCGGAAGGGUUCAUUCGAACAACAGAUGACAUUCGCUCUGCAGAGGAUAUCGGCCAUGAAUACUUCAUGAAUUUGCUGUCAAUGUCUCUGUUUGAAGCUGUCACUACCAAUGACUGUGGUGAUGUAACUGCAUAUAAAAUGCAUGAUCUUAUACAUGAUCUAUCACUGCUUGUGGUUGGGAGAGAAUAUGCUGUUGUUGGUGAAAAAGAAGUAAAUGUAGGAAAGAAAACACGUUAUCUGUCAUAUAAUAUCCCAUUGUUUUCUGCAGCUACAUUAUCAUCUUAUUUGCUCAAUGGGGACAAGUUGAGGACAUUUCAUGUUCCUAGACAACCAAUUCAUUCAAGUAGAGACUUGGUUUUUUCUUUUGGUUCACUUAUAAGCCUUAGAUGCUUACGUGUGUUAACGCUUCGCGCGCUGGACAUAACAGUAAUUCCAAAAGGCAUUGAAGAGUUGAAGCAUUUGAGAUACAUUGAUCUUCAAGGGAAUGCCAAUAUUCAAAGCCUUCCAUCAGAAAUUACCAGCCUAUAUAACUUGCAGACUCUAAAACUUUCAAAUUGUUCCAACCUCAAAGAAUUGCCAGCAGAUAUCAACAAAAUGAUGAGUCUUCGGCAUAUUGAGUUGGAGUCUUGUGUGAGUUUGACAUGUAUGCCACCCGGGUUGGAACAGUUGACUGGCCUUCAAACACUAACACUUUUUGUGUUAGGCCAUGGAAGCAAGCUUAGUUUAAGUGAGCUGAGUGGGCUAAACAAUCUAAGAGGGAAGCUAAAAAUUAAAGGGUUGAAUUCACUCCGAGGCAUCGCUGCGAGUGUUGAGUCUGCAAAGGUACUUCUUCAGAAGCCACAUCUUCAAGAAUUGGAAUUGCAGUGGCAGUGGCAAUGUGAAGAGGAGCCUAUAAAUUUCGUGACGGAUCCUCUUUUCAACAGAGGUUUCAAAACAACCAUACAACAAGAAGAAGAUGGUUUGAAAGAUGAGGUGAUUUUAGAAGGCUUGCAGCCACAUCAAUCAAUUAAAAGACUAGUAAUAAACGGAUUUUGUGGCAAGAAACUACCAGAUUGGAUAGGGAACCUCACAGAACUCGUGGUUCUUGAAAUCAACAAUUGUGAUGGUUUGACAUCGCUACCUGAAGGACUGCGUAACCUCAAAUCAUUACAGAGACUCUGCAUUUAUUCUUGCUCACAGUUGGAGGAAAGCUGUGCACGAAAUCACGGUGACGAGUGGAAUAAAAUUUCUCACAUUCCAAAAGUUCUGAUCUUACCCUUACCACCUUCUCUACUCAAGUAUAUAAAUUGAGACCUUCCCUUGGUAAUGGAGUUCGUUUAUGAUUCUACGUCUUCCUUCAAGUUUCGGAGUACUCUCCCAAUUAUAUGAUACCUGACCUCUACAAUCUCUUUAUGCAAAUGGUUUUUAAUUACGUAAUCCACCCUUAAAUUGUGUUUUGCACUUGGAUAGUUUCAUAAAGCGAUUCUGUAUUUCGCUUCUUUUGGAAUGAGUUAAAAUUGUUGAAAUACCAUUUGGUAUUCUUAUGUGUCGAACAUUAUUUUGUGG